AUGUGCAUCUCCUUGCGUCUUGCGGGAGACGAAGGAUGUUUCCAUCUGGUGUCCGUCUACGGGCCCACGAUGCAACGACCGGAGACCGAGAAGGACGAGUUCUGGGAUGAGCUGCAGACCGUGUGGCAGGCGCUGCCUACGCGAGAACCCGCCUGGAUUCUAGGAGAUUUCAAUUCUCGAAUCGGUAUCAAUACUGCAGCUGCUCCAUCACCCGCGGCAGAAGGAGUACAUGGACCGUAUGGCCUUGGUCAGCUAAAUGCUAAUGGGGAACGUUUUCUUCAUUUCUGCUCUGAAGCUCACCUUAAGGUCCUCAAUACGUUCUUUCAGCAUUCUGCCGACGAGCUCACGAGCUGGGUUCACAGACGGUGGGGCACGCAGGGCAUGAUUGAUUACGCAGUGGGCCGCGCUACAGACUGGUGCUUUGUCCUUGAUACUCACUCCCUGCCUCGUGCAGAGGUGAAUAGUGACCAUCGUCUCAUGGUCUUGAAGCUGCGCGCGGCUCCUGGACGGUAUGUACGCGCAGCUCCGACGGCUCCCAGUGACACAAGACUGCCUCGUUUGUGUGUUGCCAAGCUUCAGGGGGAGGACGUCUGCACCCAAUAUGUCAAGGAGGUGGAGCGCCUUCGACAGUGUGCAGCUCCUGGUUUUCCUUCGCUGUCUCAUGAUCUGUACCAGGCGGGUGUUUCCAUUCUAGGCACUGCACAGCGCAGAACAUCAGACUGGCGAGAGGGGCAUGACGCUACUCUUCGGGCCGCAGCUGCACGCCGCCAACGGGCUCUAGAGAACCUCAGGCUUUCACCGGGCUCUCAGGCAUGCUUACAGGAGUUGAGAGAUGCGCGCCACGCCUCUCGUCGAGUUGUUCGAGACCUCAAGGCUCGCUGGUGGUCAAGUCGCCUGCAGCGCCUCGAAGCAGCCGCUCGCCGCAACGAUGCUGCUACUGCCUACAGUGAUGCUAAGGAAAUGGGCCGUCUACUUCGCUCACAAGGUGUUUCUGUGGAGCCUCUUGCAGCGUCGCCAGAUGCAGAUCUGACUGCAAAAGCGGCUCACUUUCAGGCUGUGUUGAACGUGCAGCGCCCAGUAUCUCCGCACAUCUGGGACGAAAUUCCGGACUUGUCUUCUGAUGCAGCUGACAUAUCUUGGGACCCGCCGACAGUGCACGAACUUCGGCGUACCAUCAUGCAGUUGUCCAAUGGCAAGGCUCCUGAUGCUUCAGGUGUGCAUGCCGAGCUCCUGAAGGUGUUCGUUCAGACAAUGGAUCCCGCUGGUGACGCUGUCGUUGCCGAGUUCCACGACCUGGUCCAGCGACUUUGGCGUGGAGAGCAGCUCGAUCUGACUACCUGGCACUCCUCGCUGUUGUUUUCGAUUUGGAAGGGCCGCGGCCUUGUCACAGACCUCGAUGGACAUCGAGGCAUUGUACUUCUGGACGUGCUCAAUAAAGUCGUCUGCAAGAUGCUGGCUUCUCGCUUAUCCGAGCUUGCCGAAAAGCAUUGUGCUGAAUCCGAGACAGGCUAUCGGAGAGGCAGAGGUUGCGCUGAUGCACUCUUCUUGAUGCGGCGACUCUUUCAGGAGUGGAGUUGCUCUCGUCCUACUCGAGCCCACGGGAGCAGCUCUUUGUACGUCUUGUUCAUUGACCUCACUCGUGCCUUCGAUGCAGUUCCUCGGGCCUUCCUAUGGACUCUGCUGCAGCGCAAGUUGGGGGUCCCUGCACAUGUAGUUGAUUUGCUCAAAGCCAUCUAUACGGGCAUGAUGACGCGUGUGUGCGGUCAGCGUGGUCAGCUUAGCCCCGCUUUUCAGAUGUCCACUGGGGUUCGACAAGGCUCCAUCGAGGGACCGGUGCUCUUUUUGCUUUACUUUGCGGUCGUCAUGAAGGUCUGGCGACGGCGAUGUGGCGACGCCCUAGGACCGAACCACGGUGUUCCCUGGCAGUCCGUUGUUGAUGGCACUCUCCGCUUGCCGGCUCAGCUGCGCAGGUGUGCGACUCGGGAGCAUAGUUUUCGCGACUCGGUCUUUGCAGAUGAUACGGCGAUCUUUGCUACUAACUGGAAUGACUUCUGCCAGAUGUCGGAGCUUUUUCACCGGACGUUGAGAGACAUGGGCGGCCUCCUGAAUGCAAGCAAAACCGAGUGGCUCGAGCUGCAUUCCUUCGUUGGAGUGCCAGAUGUCGCUCCGCUCCCAGGUACCAAGAUUCUGAAGAUUGCUGGACAGCACAUCAGCAAGACUGCGCAGUUCAAGUACUUGGGAGCCGUUUUAGGCAUCGACCGCACCUGUGGCGUUGAUGCAGACGUGCGUCGUCGAGUCAGUCUGGCUCACGCGGCGUUCUCGAAGCUUCGUCAUCUUUGGAGAGCACGCGAGAUUUCGCUGAAGACUAAAUCUAGGAUGCUGUUGUCCUGUGUGGCGGCAGUUUUGCUGUACAGCAGUGAAGCAUGGACCCUGCAGUACCCACAUCAUCGUCUCUUGCACACCACAUGGAUGAUGUUUGUGCGGAGAGCGCAGCGCCUCAAGUACAGCGACAUGCAGACUCUUCGUCUUGAUAAUGAUGCCUUGUUGACGCGAUUAGGCGUGCCAAGUGUUUUCACUCUGCUUGCUCGCCGCACAGCGCAGUGGCUUGGCCACGUGGCUAGACUGCCUCCGCAGAGGCCUGCGCAUGCUUCAUUGUUCGGCACGAUUCCAGGCCGCGCCUUUCCUUCAGCGAGUGAAGUCGGAGCCCACUGUCAUCACUACACUGGCCGCGCCAAGAUGGUGAUGCAGACCCUUGCGCUUGACAAUUGGUCAGAGUCGCGGCUCUUGGCCGCCACGCUCCACGUGCUGACCGAGCGCGAGUGCACGCUCAUGGUGGUGUUGCUUUGCAAGUGGUGCCCCCACUGCAACAAGGUCUAUCGACACAAGGGCUACUUUACAAUGCAUUGUCGAGAGUGUCGGGCCUUCCAUGCUCCGGCCCCAGCUGCGGCUGGGCAAAGCGCCCACGGUCAGGAUGCUCUGCAAGCUCAACAGCAGAAUGGUGGUCGUGCUGAUCGCGCUCGUAAGCCUUUGGUCGCCCUCUCGACUGCUGAGCUCACGCUGGCGUUUGUCAGUCAGCAGGACCAGCUUGACCAGUUGCAGCAGCAGUGUGCCGCGGUGUUUCGCUUCGCCUCCGACAACGUCUUUGCUUUGCGGCUCCUCGCGGCGGUGGAUCAGUGGAAAACAGAUCAUCGCCCAGGGCGCCCUCACCCCCUUGGAGCUUGUGCGACGGCAGUUGCACUUGCAAUGCUCUUCGGCAUCUCCGAUGCUGGGAUUCCGCCAGCGUGCAACGAGGAGGCGGCGAAGGCUCUUCAGACGUUGGCGGCAGAGCUCCUGGCAGGGGAAGCGGCAGCAGUUGCUCGUGAGUUCAGUCACUGCAGCGCACGUCUCACGGCAAAGAAGGAGCACAUCAUCUUGGAUUGUAGACCUACACUCUAUGGCCGCAUCUUUCCAUUUUACAAUGUACUAUGUCAGCUUUUGGAGUCGUUCGACGCUGAACGCUUGGGUCGGAAGCCUGCUGGCUCUCUGCUUCGCAAAGCCAGACAGCAACAGUAA